UCUCUCUCUCUCUGCCAUUAAUGCAGCCUUGGAACUUGUACGAGGACUCGGUUGAGACAGAUCAACAGACUGAAGUGAGAAUACUUUCUCCGGUGUCAACCAGACCCUUUCCCCAAGUUCACUAGGCUUCGUGGACCAAGACAUAUCCCAAAAGUUGCCAAGGCUUGUGCUCAGCAUCAGGGAUUUGUAAACCACCUUGAACACCUUCUGGGGCUACAGUGUGGGACAACAGUGUCAACAUGCAACCACAAGAACAACAAAUAUGAACAAUGCAUUGAAUUCUACUCCUGCCCACAAAUCCGGGACCCCCAUAACCCUCCCACAUCUGUGAACACAAUCAAACAGGUCCUUUGAAAGGCCCCAGAGGUGGAAAGGGGAGGAAAUGAAUCAGAGGACAACAGCGUCACUAGUCUCAUGUUCAGAGGAAGCUGGCAUCUGUUCAGAGUUGAUUGCAAAAGCUUCCUUUGGUACCCCAUGGCUCAACAUACUGCAAAGAUGGGAGAUAAGGCCUGGCAGCAUAUCCAACUGCCAUUCUUUGGAAGGACAGUGAAGGGGAAGCCAAAAGAACAUGGUUUCAUCCUCUGUGAAGGAAAAUCUACAUCCAAGUAAACAAUGGAUUACUCCAAUGUGGGGGGUCAGGACCCUGCUCCCCAUUAUUUGGAAGCUUCCCAUUUGCAAUCAAAUGACAAUUCAGAUAUCUUCUUUACUGGUUCAGAAGGUGUUGAUUCUGGGGCCGUGGCCACGUAUUUCUCUCGGAUGCCUGAAUCCUACAGACACUCUCCAGUGCGGCAAUUGUAUCCUCUCCUCAAUGGUUUGCAGUGGGUGGAUGGGCACCCGUACAGCACAGCCACAUGGGUCUCCAGUGCCUCAGGGAAACCCCAUGUAGGACUUCCAGUCUACACCUCAGCAACAUCCUCUUAUCAGACCCUCCAAGCCCCUCCCUCGCCCAAGGAGCCAAGCCCUGAUGACAGCAAGGGCAGCCCCAGAUACCUGGAGAUGUUGAAGACGGAACGGAUGAGCCCCACUCACACCGAACUGCUGCCACUGGGGACUUCGACUGGAGCAAACCAUAGCCCUUAUGCUAUGGGGCAGGACUAUGGAUACUUUCAGCCGGCUGGGAGCCCUCUGACAGCAGGAUACUCCCCCAAAUUACGGGGGGCAACACAGCUCUCUCCUACUGAGGCACGUGAAUGUGUGAAUUGUGGAGCCACAGCCACACCCCUGUGGCGAAGGGAUGGCACCGGUCACUAUCUCUGUAACGCCUGUGGGCUCUACCACAAGAUGAAUGGACAGAACCGGCCUCUCAUCCGGCCCAAGAAACGCCUGAUUGUCAGCAAGCGAGCUGGAACCCAGUGUAGUAACUGCCAAACAACAACCACCACACUCUGGCGUCGCAAUGCGAAUGGAGAACCCGUGUGCAAUGCCUGUGGCCUCUAUUUCAAGCUCCACAACGUGAAUCGUCCCUUGGCGAUGCGAAAGGAUGGGAUCCAGACACGGAACCGCAAGGUCUCUUCAGCCAAGUCCAAAAAGCGCAAGGGAAAUUCUGGGGAUUCCUCAGUUGCCACAAGUGCCCCCUUGGAGAUGAUGCCGCCGCCGCUGAUGGGGGAUGAAGCCGCUGCCCUGUACAGCCUCAGCCCCAUGAUGCUGCCAGGACACUUGCUUCCCUUUGGACCCAACCCACACCUUCUAGGGCCUCCACCAGGCUUCCCUCCACAGGCCUCUCCUGCCUCCCAUGGCUCCCCUGGAGUCGUCUCUGCACUGGGGUAAACAGCCUCCUGUAACAGGGCCCAGACAGUCAAGUGCAGAGACUCUGGGACUGAACUGCGGAGGGAGUAGCAUCUUAUCAGCUCAUAACCUUUUGAGGCAGCCAUUUUAAGUGCUUGCAGUUAGGGCCCCUUGAAAUGACAGGUGAAAGAUGCCCACGGUAGGAGGGACUUAUUUCUUCAGUCUGCCUUCUCAGAUAGAGACUAUUCUUACAGGCUGAAGACACCAUGAUGAUAAAGGGUAUGUGUGUUCCCCAGUUGUAAGAUUUCAGAUUGCAGGUGGGGGAUCACAUGGUUGAAUGCUUCUAAAUAUUUGUGGGGGAGGACAAAUUACCCAUGCAAAAUCAAAUCAGCAAAUGAGAGAAAGGACUAAGCUAGAACCCUUCUUCCUGACAUCUGCUUGCUCAUUUGUGGAGUUUAUUGUAAUACACGGAGGUACGUUAUCAUGCAGUCCCCUACCUGCUUUCCCAAAGGAACAGUUUCACCAUCUUAUACACCAUCACAUCUGUUGUUUAUGUGAAAAAGGCCACAGACUGAAGUGAGCUCUCCAACUCCCCCUUUUUGCGGUUCCCUCCCCCUAGCCACAAAUAACUGCUCUCCAUCCAGCUCCACACAUACUCUCUCUCUUGCUCAUUCUGCAGCCCCUCCUCAGCUACUCAACCUAGGUCUAUCCAUCCACCUGAAUAAUCUGCAUCUACUUUUCUUUAUGGCUAUGAACCCCCUGAGGAAUACUUCACACAAGUUUCCUGUGUAUGGAGCUGCAGCCUUGAUUGCAUGGUAACAGGGCCAUUGUGUACAUUUCCUCACCAUCACUCAGACUGGUAGAUUUGGGCUUUCAUGACCUGAAGCCAUGAUUCUGCACACAACAUAAGAGCUGUGUGGGAAUGUACUGCGGGUCCAUCUAGACUAACACUGUUUGGAAAGUGGCCAGCCAGCUGCCCAUGGAAAACCACAAGCGGGAUUGAGUGCAGCAGCAGCACCUACGCACCCAAGUUCCCCAGCAAAUGGGGUAGAUAGGUAUACUGCCCCGAUACUGAAGGUAGCAUAUAACCAUCAGGAUGAGUGGCCCUCACCUGUUCUUGUGGAAGGGUAUGCCAUCGUUUAACUGUGCUCUUGGUGAAGAAGGUCUUUCUCUAAUCUUUUUGAAAUCUCCUACCAAUUACCUUUAUGCGAGGACCCUUUGGGUUGUAUUAAUAUGACAGAGGGAGAAAAAACUCUCCCUACCCGCUUUCUCCACAGCAUGCAUCAUUUUGAAUGCCUCUGUCAUGUCUUUCCUAACUCAGCUUUUUCUGAACACAAUAGCCUCAGGGACUACCCUAUACCAGGGAGAUGCGCAAAUGCAAAACUGUCUGGUGUCAUUUUUGUGAUGAAGAGCAUUUGCAUUCAUUGUUUGCCAUGUGUGUGACGAAUUCCCUUUGCCUUUUUUGGCCAUCAAUCACUAACCUUCAUAUGUGCCCUUGUAUCUACCACCUGAUCCUCUCCAUGGGCUAGGCUGUAGUGGUGCGGAAUGUGAGCUCUCCAUGUUUUGCUGGUCUGCACCUCCCAUCAGCCUUGGGCAGCAUAGUCAAUAGUGAGAGAUGCUGGGACUUGCAAUUCAAAGGCAUAGACAGAAAGACAGGAAGCUGCUGCGUCCUUGAUACAACUCGGCUCAAUACUGUCAACACUGACUGGCAGUGGCUCUGCAGGUUUCAGGCAUGGCUGUUUCCUUGCCCUGCUUCGACAUGCCAGAGACUAAACCCGGAGCCUUCUGCAGGCAAAGCACCAGUAAGCUACAGUCUCUCCCUGAAUGUUCCCAGUAUCUUUGACAGGGCAGGCAAACAGCAGUCUGAGAGUUCAGUGCAGUUCCCCAGAGCUUCCCAUCUGCCCACCCCCCAGGUCUCCCUUCCAAGGCCUCUCCCCAGAUUCAUAUCUUGGUUGCUUUCUCCAACACUGCCAAAUGACACUUUUGCUCAUUGCACUCCACUCUGAAAAUCAGCAGAGAGGCUGGCAAAAGUCUCUCCUUGUGUAUCUGAGCCACUUGAUCCCAUUUGUCUGUAUGGGGACAGUUUAUACUGUUUCUGCGGCAGGACAAAAAGGGUUGGGGUGUAGUGUGUAAUUAAGGUUGACUUCCUUUGGGAAGAGGUCGCAAGAGGCAUAUGGCCUUUUGUAAUAUUCACAUUUCUUUACAAGUACAUAGUUUGAGGUGGAGGUACAGCUCCAACAGAUUGCCCCAAAUCCUCUUGAUUCUGGGCAGGCUGCCAGCACCCAGAUUGCUUUUCAGGGUUCAAAACAGAUUUCUGUGUUUGCACUCAGUCUGCCUGAUACUGCAAUUUGCCAAUCUGUUCUUCUUUGUACAUCCUGAUCAGGCUUGAUUAUUUCAUCUUUAACUUGAGGUUACAGAGAAGUCAGCCUCUUGUCUAAGGGUUUUAUACUAAAAGCAAUUACUCAGCUUUUUAGUUACCAUGGCAAUAUAACCAUCAAAGAAAAGCAGCACCUUGUUGAGCCUGGCCUGUGUUAUUAAUCUCCUGUCUAAACUCCAGUUUAAAAAUCACCUGUUGGAACAGACCCUGGAGGUCAUCCAGUCCAACCCCCUUAAACUUACAGCAAGAUGAUCAGCAAAGCUUUUGACCCACAUGCUUUGAUUCCUUGGUCUGCAGAAUGGAAGAACCACAUGCUUGAAUGCUCUCUUGUAGAAUAUCUGCACACACAAUCACCAUGAAGUAGUUCAAUCCGGGAAGGGCUCUACCAUGUGUUUCUUCUGGCUGUAUAAGUUGUCCUUUUGUCUUGGAAGGAGUGAGUGCUGUGGGACAUGAUAAUGUUGGUUGGAUUUUCUGUGUCACAGUGAGCCCCAUCUUGUGUGGUUUACUUCUUUUUUAAAAGGGGAAAGUCUACCAAUGUGUUUUAAAUGUAUAGAGCUCCCUAAGACAGACUGUAGGCAAAUUGCAGUUUGACAUAAGAAUAUACCUGUUGUUGAAGGAUGUAAAAGCUGCCUUGCUGAAUCAGGCCGAAACUCACCUAGUUGCAAGAAUUCCAGUUCUGCAUAGUCAGCAGCAACUUACACUGGGAGGGUCUACCUGAAUUUGCUCUGCAUGAAACUAUCAGGAUGCAUUCUGCCGUUCACCUCUUCCUAUUCUAUACAAACAUAUCUCCAACUACUCUGGAAUGGACAGAAAAUGCUUUUCUGAGCUCCCAUUCAUAUGUUUGCUCUUCUAGCAUCAUCAAAAUCAAUCCAGCCUACCCAAACCCUCCUUCCCACCUCUCAUAUGUUCUCUCCCUGUGCAUUGAUAUCACACAUGCUUCUCUGAAAGACCACAAACCACAAGAGGGGAGAAAAGAAUAGGGGGCAUGUGUCAUUUUCUGACACAGGUAAUAACCAUGGUCACUUUGUUGGCUUUUGUAAACCUGCUGCGCUUCCAUCAAUAUCCUGCUAUUUGGGGCUGAAAUUUGUUUCAAGGUUCCUGAGAGCGUGUGAAAAAGAUGUAUAGAGUACCUUGUGUUAACAACAGAAAUGUCAGGGUGAAUGUCAUUUCUAUAGGUCCAAACUAUGGCAUGGCUUGGGGUACAGGUGAUGAGUUCCCCACAUAGAGUGCCAGCUUUUCCCAGUGCCUUCUGAAGUAUUUUGUGUAAUUCAAUGAAUGUUUGAAAUAAAUUCUAAUUCACAUGGGUCACAAACGAAA